AUGUCUCAGGAAGUGGAAAGUUGUCCUUUGCUUUCUUGCCACUUUUCGGGAAGGCUUCGGCGGGUCUUAUGCCAUAUACGAGAAGUACAUGCUCCAGACGACGUACCGGAAGUUUUCGUUUCUCGUUGGAGGCUUCAGCGGUGUCAUCAAUGUCAACAUUGGUUUAUGAAGCUGGGCCAACAUGCUACGCAGUGUAGGAAAGUAAGUCAAGACAAUUCUGCUACUCAACGGCCGCCGUCAAUUUCAAAUGUGUCGUUGACAUCCAUUUCUGCGCAAGCGCUACCGUCUUCACCUCGUCAAGAGAAUGCUACAUCUGAGAAGGAAACCAGACCACCUGCUACAAGGAAUGUGUCAGUAGAUGGUGUGAGCGACGCCAAUCUUGAAUCUAGCGGUUUACAAAAGGCUAAGGAAGACCGAGAGCUAUCGUCGUGGCAACUAAUACGGGACAUGUCUGUUGAUGAUAUCUUGAAACAACCUCCACCUAGAACAGUCCAAACGAUCAAACCUGCAACAAAGGCGCUGUUUCAAGAAUGUUGUUUAUUAGUUCUUCGCAGAAUCCGUCAAAACCUGGCAGAUGAGACGGCCUGGAAACUUCUAUUUCUACUUCCAAGGAUGUUGUUGCGACCAUUGUCAAGAGGAGGGCGAGCAGUUAUUAAGGAAGUGAGAUCGCUAUACAGUCAAUUCCUAGAUUUCCAUUGGGAAGGUUUGAUCCAGUUUAAUGAAAACAAUACGUGCGCAUCUAGACGUGAGGCAGCAUCUCAGUCACAAAGAGCUGCACUCAGACUUGUGAGGUGUGGAGAACUCUCCAGGGCAGCCAAGGGCAAAACACCCAUCUAA